GCCCCACCCCUUACAAACAUCAUCAUCACCACUGUACCUAAAUCAGGAAGCACCGAGACACGUUUUUUCUUUUUCUUUUUUUUUUAAGGAAACACAUUGGUGAUUACAGCAGCGGCGAACCAUAACGGGGAAAAAGGCGUUAUUGUUGCUGCUAUCGACGACCACCGUCGACCACUGUUGUGAGAAGACUGACAGUUGGUUACAUCCAGUACAAGGCUCAGCUGUGGAUGCAUUUGACACAAGCUAUCCGGAGAAGGUCUCUGUCAGCAGCAUGGGCCAGCAUCUAGGAAAAAGGGAGUCACCUGCGGACAGCAAGGCUUCGUCACCUGAACCCAAAGCAGCGCAGACAGCAGCAGCCGCAGCAGCAGCAGAAGCAGAGCCUGAAUCACAAGAUGAAGUCUUUGGCCUGGGUGAGGCAGAUGCGAACCAGAACAAUGGCUGCACCUCGGAGAAGCCGGCGGUGACUGACUCCACGGGCGCUGAGGGCCCCCACCAGCCCUGGACCCCCGCCAGCACAGCUGACCCUGACGCCGCUACACCACGCCCCCACCUGGUCCGCCUCUUCUCCCGAGAUGCCCCGGGCCGAGAGGACAACACCUUCAAAGACCGACCCUCCGAAUCGGACGAGCUGCAGACCAUCCAGGAGCACAGCGGAGCGGCUUCAGAGUGUGGGUCGGAGAGCCCCGAACAGGACCUAGAAUAG